UUAUUUCCUAAAUCAAUUUUUCGCAACAGGGAGUAAAACAAUCCCAACCCAGACAUGCGCUAUAGACGCUGUGUGUGCUGUACGACGCCACUGAUCCGAGUCAGAUUUUAGUGUGUUUACGUUAUUUGCCGAACCUUGAUGUUAGUCAGCAGUUUGACUGGUUGUAAUUUUUCAACAAACGAGUGCUAUCUUUUUUCUCGUCGAACGACAAAUAACUGUAUCGAGUGUCAUCGAUACGUACUCUUUGUACCACAGAAUCGAAUACUAUCGAAAUGACCCAACGACUUCUCUUCGGGACGCAGGGCAGUAGCUCAUCCCAAACUAAGUACCUCGUAGAAUUUAGGGCUGGGAAAUGUACCCAAAAAGGGAAACUUGUUACUCCCGAUAAGCGCAAAGGUCUAGUGUACGUUCAACAGACCGAGGAUUCACUUAUACACUUCUGUUGGAAGGAUCGAUCCACGGGAGCAACCGAAGACGACCUCAUUAUGUUUCCAGGAGAUGCUGAAUUUGAAAAGGUCACCCAGUGUACAACGGGACGUGUUUUCGUGCUUAAAUUUAAAUCGAACAAUAAGCGAUGCUUUUAUUGGAUGCAGGAGCCGAAGGACGAGAAAGACGAGGACUUUCGGACAAAGGUGAACCAGUUUCUUAACGACCCAACAGCUCAAACCCGAGGUGGCGGAAGCAGUGGCGGUUCAUUUAGUGGAACCAUUGCCGAGUUAGCUGACGACCACGACAUAAAUUCGAUAAUCUCUGGCAUGUCACAACGGGAUCUGAUGCAACUCUUUGGAGGAAUUGGAAGUAACACGUCAAAUCUGCCUGCACUUUUGGGAACUGCCAUGAACUCUCGAAGUGGUGGCAACAGGACGGCGCGGCAAGAGGAGCCAAUGGAUACUGAUGUUCCUGUAGUACAAAAUUCGGGGGUCGUUUCAGGUGGCGGAACUGGAAGCGGCACAGCAGCCCCUCCUACAGCACAACCAUCGACGCCUUCAUUAGGAAAAGGCGCCGGAAUUAAACCUCAAAAUCUCGCCGAAAUCCUAAACAAGGUAAACGCGGAGGCUGCUGCUGCCGGUUCGUCAUCAGCGAAGGUGGAUUCGAUCUCUGGUGCGCUCACCUCGCCCGAAGUCUUAGAGCCACUACUUAAUAAUUCGGAGCUAAUGGCACGGGUUAAGGGGUUUUUACCACCGAUUGCCGCUGCGUCCGAAGAACUGUCCGGAUCCAGCGGAACUGCAAGCUCCAAUCCAGAAGUUGCUACCGAAAUCAAGUUAACUGUUAAAUCACCACAGUUUCAGCAAGCUGUGGCCCUGUUCUCAGAAGCGCUAGCUUCCGGUCAAAUGGGGCCGAUUAUGACUCAGUUCGGUAUGAGCGACGAUGUAGCUGCUGCAGCAGCAACGGGCAACAUGGAUGAGUUCGUUAAAGCUCUUGAAAUAGAAAAAACUAAAAAGAAGGACAAGCUUAAAAGCGCUUCGGAGGACGCCGAAAUGAAGGAAUAAAGAGCAGAGAAAUUAGAAUACCUCUGGAUGCGUGACAUGUGUGACGACAUUCCUUCAUUCAAUCUAAUUAGAGCAAACAAACAGCCCAGUCCCUGCGAACUCUUGCGAAGACAGAGUGAAACGUGGAGCAAAUUAUGUUUCAGUAAGAAGCCUAGGGACUUAUUAUCGAAGGUCUGUCUAGUAUAAUUUGAAGCACGCACUUCAACAUUCUGUCCGAAUAGAACGUGGUUGAGAUUGAACACAUUAUCAGAUUCGCAAACAGAUGGCUAACUGAGAGGGGUAAUUUAGUCGGUUUCUAAUACCAUGAUAGUAGUUUUUCCAAUGUUCAGUUAAAUCAUUUCAACUAGAUUAAUAAACAUCUACAUAAAACACGGUAUUCUUUUUCAGGGUUGGAUAUAUAUUCUCGUUAUUUAUAAAUAGGAACAUACGUAUAUGAUUAGUCGGACUAUACGGAAUAUAUCAUGUCAUUUGGUAGAACCCAAACCAGCGACUUCUGUGAUAUUCAAGCAAGGGCUAAGCCGUCUAAGCCGUUAGACCGAUAGCUAAUGACUUUUGCUUGCUUGUCUGUUCUUCGUAUGCGGUCGUGGUUUGUCUGACUACGUAUAUUUUCACAAUGACAAAUUGAGAAUUCGGCAUCGUUACAGGAUUGUCCAUGCGCGAGAUUGUUAACUCUAAUUCAAAUAGGCUUCUCUGAAUGCGUGUAUGAUAUGUCCACGUUUGAUUCAUAAAUUUAUCUUUAUUGGAAAUCACCAUAUUUCACUAAUACUUGAUGCGGUAUGUGUUUUAUAUUAGAAAAUAGAGCUAUUUGUAGCUAAUUGUUUAUUUAUUAUAAUAAAAAGACAGUAUUUCAUC